GUAAAAAAUCAAAUUUUAUACAAAGAAAUCUCUUUUUAUUCUCAAUAAACCCCGCAACCUAUUUUAAAAAUAAAUAAAAACAAAGAUCGCAACUCUAGACCACUAUGAAUCAUUUUAGGGGUUAUUUCUGUUUGUUGUAUGUUUAUUGUUUGCCUGUUGAUCAUAAAACUGAAAUUCAAACCCUUGUUCUAGUUUACACAGUCAUUACAUUUUGAGUGUGUGUGUAUAAGAGUUUUCUCUUAUAAUCCUCUUACAACAUGCUUUGUUUUAGUUCUAAACUCAGUUUGUGUUGUAGAGUAUGCAAAGAAACAUCAUUUUGGACGCUAAGAAAUGUUUUCAAAACUACUAGAAAAAUUCUUGGUGAUUAUUAUAUUUUCUACUAUCUUCUUGACCUUGAUUACUAGUAAUGAAAUUAAGGUUUCCUGCAAAAAUGAAAAAGGCGAAAAUGUAGAUUGGUUUUAUCUCUACAAACUUCCUGCUCAUUAUUCAACUGAUAAAACUGUGGAUUAUGAUAAAACUGGUUUGCGUUAUAUGUUUAUAACUAAUGCAUCUUAUGAGCAAUGGACUUUAUCCAGUAAUAGAAUAAAUGAAACUUCUUCUAUAACAGCUUUAACCUUAGAACCUUUGGUAGCAAAUCCUUUAGUUUUAUUGCUGGCUUAUAAUGAUGAAUAUCCCAAUGGUCAAGUUAUUUUCGAUGGUGGCCAUACUAAAGGAGUAAUAGCAACUGAUGGCAACACUGGCAUUUGGUUAAUACACUCGGUACCUAAAUUUCCCUCUUUACCCAAAUAUGAGUAUCCCUCAUCUGGCUCUCAUUAUGGCCAAAGUUUUCUUUGUGUUACUUUUAAUGCUACCGAAAUGGAAAAAAUAGGUGAACAAUUACUAUUCAAUGAACCGAAUAUUUAUUAUGAACGUAUACCUGUUGUAUUAAGUGAAAAAUUUCCUCAUUUGGAACAAGCCAUACGAAAAGAAUGGAUUUCUAUGGAACCUUUUAACAAUAUACUCGAUUUGAAGUCUUUACAAGGUACAAUCUUCAAGUCAUUUGCCAAAACUUCUAAAUAUAAUAAAGAACUAUAUGAAGAUUUUGUGGCUCCCACUUUGGAUACAAAUCUUUUGGUGGAAACUUGGCGCAAUGGCAAGGGUAACUUUAAUUCAAAUUGCUCUCUCAAUGAUAAUGUCUAUAAUAUACAAGCUAUAGAAUUUAACAAUCUCAACAUACAAUUUAAUACUACCCAAGAUCACUCCAAAUGGGCAGUGUCACAAAGUGUAGGUUUAAAAUUCUGGCGCUGGCGUUUACCCUCCACCUCCAACUGGAUUUGUGUGGGUGAUAUAAAUCGCCAACAACAUCAGCUGUUAAGAGGAGGUGGUGUCUUGUGUCAGCAGCAGAAAAAAGUAGCCAAACUUUAUAGGAAACUGGUGGAACGCUAUGAAUCCUGUUCGAAAUAAAUCUCUUUUUUAGUUUAGUAUAUAGGGGUUUUCAUUUUUAUUAAUUUAUAAAGUAAAUUCUAAUAAUUCAUAUGCUUAACUU